AUGGCCAGACCUUGGCAUAUGCCACUGAUUCUGCUGCUCAUUGUAACUCCAUUGACUAGCCCCAUACAAGACCAAAGCAGAUAUCAAUCAAUGAGAAUUUACCGAGAUAUCCCAAAAACCCAAAGUUAUAUGCCACAGGCCCUGAGAUUUGCCAUGAAGGAAUACAACCAAGCCAGUGAAGACACAAACAUCUAUAAAGCUGUACAAGUGAUCCAAGCUCAGGAGAAGGUUACAAGUGGUCUAUGUUACCGUAUGACUAUCAAGCUUGGUCGUACCAUCUGUAGAAAGUCUUUAACUGAUCAUGCUUAUUGUCCCAUUGAAGAAAACUCAAGCUGGAGAAAGUACAUCACCUGCUCUUUCGAGGUGUUUGCUCUACCUUGGUUAAACCAAUACAGUCUCAUGAACUCGAACUGCAGGGGUACCUAG